CGUGCUCAGCAGCUGCCGGUGGCCUGCACGCCGUGGACAUCACACUGCAACCCUCCCCCCACUGUCCUGCGCCUUUCGGGCCGGGGACCUGGCGUCGGGAGGGGGCGCCCGGGUUGGGAGCAGCUGCGCUCGCCGCUCUGCAGCGCCUGGACCCGGAGGCGCUCCGGUGUUGGUGCCAUGGACUCGCAGUCCAGCUCCGGCGUCGGUGUCAUGGACUCGCAGUCCAGCUCCGGCGUCGGUGUCAUGGACUCGCAGUCCAGCUCCGGCGUCGGUGUCAUGGACUCGCAGUCCAGCUGCGUCGUGGUGACCGGAACUCUUCAAGCUGGGCCUGGGGCCUGACAUGCAGGUGGAGCUGCGAACUCUCCAGCUGCCUGUAGAUUACAGGGAAGUGAAGCAGAAGAUCGUCAGAAUCUGGAAAGAUUUUCAGCCACAAUAUCUUCUGUUGCCAUGAAUGGUUGCCCUCUGCCUUGCCACCCUUCCUUGGAGCCAGCUGAUUAUGGACUGAAACCCCCACAAACUGUGAACUAAAGGAACCUUUCCUUCCUUAAUUUUGAAGGUCAGGUAUUGUUUUAGCAAUGAGAAGAGUAACAAAGGCAGAAUUUAGCACCAGGAGUGGGGUGUUUUAUGUGACUCUACCUGACCAUAUGGUUCAAGAGCCUUUUGGAAUGGCUUGUGGAAGAGUUUGGAAAGGUUUGGAGAUGUCAUCUGAAAGAGUGACAUCUGGAAAAGAACUCGAAUGCCUUAGACUGUUCUGUAUGGGAAACUCUGGUCAGAUCCCAGAAGAAAUCCUGUUCCCUAAGACCAGCCUUGGGAGGUUUCUGCUGGGAAAAGGACUGUAUUGGCUAUUGGACUUCAGACAAUGUGUUUUAUGGCUUUACAGAAAGUUUCUCUGCAUUUUACUUGUGUCCAGAGACUUUUUAUGAGACUGAGAUUAAGGGUGGCAGGGUAAUUAAUCUGGCAGAAGAAAUUUCAAGACAGUUGAAUGUUGAUGUGAUAGCAUGGCUACUGUUGGGGGAUUUUAGCCAGAUCUAUCUUGAGAAUCAAGAGCAAAUAGCCCAACAGAAUUAUUAGAAACACUGUGAGUUUGGCCAGAAAGGAAACCUCGGUAAAGCUGUGGACUGCACAGAUAAGACCUAAGAAACAACAAGAGAAUAGAAAAGAUGAACUGAGGACAUCACAAGAAGCAGCAAUACUCCACACGUUUUAUAUUCCAAAUUGCAAAAGUGAAGAAGACUUUUCUCUGAGAAGAAAGCUGAGGAGCAUCUUAUUUCAGAAUGACGGUGGCCUAGCAAAUUCAUUCCUCAGAAUUGGGUUCAGAGUGCUCAACAAACUGGGCAGUUGAUUCCUGCAUCCAAGAGAGAGAAAAAGCCUGGCUACUGCUCCAGCUGGCAUCAGACCUUGGCAUCAUUCACAUGGUACUGGUUUUAGGCACAUACAGAAUCCAAGAGUCAUGGAGUUAAGAAGGCUUUUGCCUCAAUUUCAGAAGGCCUGGGAGGCAGAUAAUGUACCCUGUGAGGGCAGUGUGUGAAGCUGUGAGAGUGAAGCCAAAGGUGCAGUGGAGACCUUAAAAGUUAUGGAAAGCCAGGAACAUGGUUCAUCUGAGGAAAGCUGCAAGGAGGGAGCAAAGUAGGCCCAAGAGAGAAGUCAUGGGAUACUGUUUUGUUCAAUUUUAUUAUAACUGAUGAUAUAGGCAAUUCUAUUAGAGAUAGCGGGAGGCAUUAUGGUAACCAUUGUUGAUCACCUUGUAUUAUGCUUUUACAUUAUCUAUUAUGUCCAGCCUUUUGAUUUGAUUGACUCUGUUCUGUUAUGUUACAUUUGGUUCUACUCCCUUCCAAAAAAGUAAUAAGAACUGUGGGAGCAACAAAACCCAAAAUGGGUAAUUGUCAUUGUACAAAAGAGAGGAAAAGAAAGUGCUCUAAACGAUAUAACUGCAUGUAUAUAUAAGUGUAUAAGAUAGAUAAUGAUAUCACUGAGUUUUGUUGGAUCAUUGAACAGAACUGUUUGCAGUCUCACUGCUGGAAUGUCCACUUUACAAGCUUUAAUUUUGUGACUUGAACAAUUAUUUCUAAGAUGACAAUAUGUAAUCCAUUAACUAGUGAUUUCCUACUGUUUAUUUCUUUCUGUAAAUCUGUAUAACUUGUACCCUUUCUCUGCUUUUUUUUUUCUUUUUCUCCUUAAAUAAAAUUAAAAAAAAAAAAAAAGAAGUCAUGGGAACUACAACCACUGGAACUGGCAGAGGGUGGAGCCACCCAAACCCUUUGGAGGCUAUGACUUGCCACAGGUUGUGUUGGAUGCUGCACACAGUAUGACAGGACUUCAUGCUUGCCCUGUGGAAUUUUGGACUUGCUCUAGUCCCAUUCCUUUGUAACUUUUGGAAAAGAAAUGUUUAUCUUGUACCAUUAAACACUGGGGGCAUUUGACUUUCUUUCCAUUUGUACAGGGACUCACAGCUAAGAGUUUGCCUUAUAGCUAGGAAGAGACUAGGGACUUGGAUUGUUCAGCAGUGUUGAAACUGAUAGCACUUUGGCGACUCUUAAGAGACAGAAUAAAUGGCUUUUGUAUAAAGGGAUAUACAUGACUCUUUGGGGGGUCCCAGGAGAGUAAUGUUAUGGUUUGUAUUUGAAUGUCCCUUCAAAGCCUCAUGCAGUCAUUUGGGACAGGCUUUUCUGAAGUCACUGAAUCUGGAGUUUGUGAUUGGCUCAUUGUCUAGUGCUGGAGUUGGAGGCAUGAGUGGUACACCCGCUCUAGGGCGGGCAGCCUGCAUUACAAUAUAAGGAAGGGAAAGAGGCUUGCUUUUCCCCUUUUUUGCUUCUGUUGCUUUUGGUAUUUUCCUGCUGCCAUGAACUGUUUGCCCUUCUACCAUGCUACUUUGUCUUGGAACCAGCUGGGUAUGGACUUAAACCUUCACAAAUUGUGAGCUACAUAAACCUUUCACCCUAAAAGCUUAGGGUAUGAGGUAUUUUGUCUUAACAAAAAGGAAAAAGCAAGCAAGACACAGCCUAUGUUAUCUUCACAUACUUGCUGCAUUAAAAGUGGGUACAAAUACUGGUUCCUAGGCCACAUAAUAAGAUUAAUAAAGCAUGUACCACCAAGACAUUAAGACUGUGUUAUAAAUGUUUAAAUAACAUAUUCAGCAGCUAUUUUUGAAAAAGAAAAAUAUAGUCAACUGAAAUACAUCCUAUCGAAAUUUUAUUUGACUGCUACUAACUUCCUUUAUUAAAGUUUCAUUAAAAAGACACAUGACUUUAGAGAAACACUGUGGUAGUCUUAAAUACAAACUUGUGCAUUCUUCUCCCCUUACUCCCACAAAAGAGAAUACACUACCUUGUAAAAACACUUUGAAAUAUAGGGGCUGGGGAUUUAGCUCAGCGGGAUAAGUGCCUGCCUUGCAAGCAGGCAGUUGUGAGUUCCAUCCCUGGUACCGAUAAAAAGGAACAGGACAAAAAAAAAAACCUUUGAAAUAUAAAUGCAAUAAGGUUCUUAUCUAAUUGGAAGAGCCUAGUUUUUCAUUCCAACCAUAUUAAUUAAGGGACACAGAUGGGGAAUCCUUGGAUUUCAUGGUAGAUAGGGAAUUGAGAUGCUUUCGCAGGGCUUGACAUUUUUCAUACUUGAUGAGCUGGUUUCCUAUGAUUUCUCUGCUAUUGCCUUUGUUUACACAGCUUGCUGUGCAUGUGGGUGUAGACACUUCGGCCAAGGCUAUUUUUCUAGAACAGUGUGGCAAGAACUGUGGCUACCGAGAUGGUGACAUCCGAGGCUUCAGGCCAGAGGGAGGUGUGUGCCUUCCAGGUGGCCCAGAAGUGAUUGUGUCAAAGAUCAGCAUGAAGAUGAUCUGCAAAUGCAUUGCCAUUGAAGAUGUUGAGGUGACCUUUUCUGGAGAUGCAGGCAGGUACGUCUGCGAUUACACCUACUACCUGUCGCUGCAUCAUGGAAAUGGACAUGCGGCACUCAUCCACGUCCCUCCGCUCUCACACUGGUUCCCAGCCAGCCUGCUGGGAAAAGCCUUGCAAGCCAUCAUCCGGGAAAUGCUGGGAGCAAGUGGGAAAGUUCAAGCUCAAAGCCAAGGCUGCAGAGAACCGAACAGCCCUGCUUCUACCUAAAGGGAGACGGUUGGGGAAUAUCUCCUUUACAGAAAAACAAAUGUUCAGUCCUCUGUGUAGCGUUCAAUUAUGCCUUGAGAGGCUUUUAAAAAUUCCUUGUAAAACAGUUUACACAGAGAGAAAAAAUUCUAAAUUAGCCCAACAAAGUCACAGAGUUAUUUUAUUGUCCUAAGAAAGAA